CAUUCUGAAAAUAUGCUGGCGGUGUAUUGCCCACAGAAAUAUUAAAAAGUCCUUCACAGCGAGCGUCCGUGUCGAUGCAACGAGCAUCAUUGUCAGAGCUUUGAGUCAAUCGGCAGCAUCGGGCUGGUGGAUACAACACAGGAGAGGAGUGGGUGACGAAAGCAAAAAUGUCUAAUCGCAGCGUGGACUUGGUCCCCACCACACCUCCAUUUUCCAACAGUUCCCCCGUCUUGGAGACCUCCACUUCAGCAGUUUCCUCCAUCUCUGACAUAAUUGCACCCAGUGACAUUACCUACAAUGUCUACAGUUUCUUGGCGGGGUUAGGCUUCAUGGCAGGCUGCUUCCUGGUCUACAGCUUCAUCCAGACCUACAGGGCCCAAAGGCGGCUGGCUUGGCUCGACUGCCUGCUCUGGGCCUUUUGUGUCCUCCAGCUGCUGCUUCUGCUCCUCUCUCUCCACGCAGUGGCCCACAGAACUUAUUCCCCGAUUACCACGGGUUUGGGCUGUGCUGCUCUCUCCUUCACCAUCAACACAGCCUCUCUGUGCAGCCUGUUGGUCUUAGUGCUCAUGGCUUAUGUCCUAACCCUGGAUCCGCCAUCCCACGCGCUGCUGAGGAAGCCUCGGGUCUGUGCGGCUCUGGUGAUCCUGACUUCUAUCCUGAUUUCUCUCCUGCUGGCUGGGCUCCGCGGACCUGGGGAUGAUCUGCAGGAAAAACGCGAAUGUUUCAUGGAUACAGUCCUUGCUGGUGUGUCGUAUGCAGCCGCUAGGUUGUGCCUGGCUCUUUUGAUUCCCUACAUCCUCCAACUGGGUCUUGUGAUAGGUGGCUGCGUCCGGCAGUGGAAAUCUAAAGGACGUUUCCUCUCCGGUUCCGAGGAGGGUCCCUUGUUCCUGACAGUCACUUUGGUCGUGUUUUUCUGCCAGCUCUUCUACAGCGUGGCGCUGGUGAGAGGAGCACAACUAAAACAACAAGAGCGGCUGAGGGAGAAAGUGUUUCUGAGCGUGGCCGAGUUUGUGCUGUUCUCAGGGAGCAGUGCCAGCCUCCUGCUCAUGCUGUUCAUGCACAGGCCGUGUCGAGAGAGUCUCCACGGGGCGUGUAGGCAGCUGAGGGACUGCUGUCGGAGCCCGGGGCACUCACAACCAAACAGAAACAUCAUAGCUCCCCACAUCGAGAUCACAGACACUCUGCAGGACAUAGAGUCAUAGAGGAGUGAGACUCUCUCUCAUAUGAGAGCAGAACUCUUCCGAUGCAUCGAAAUGAAGACUUUUGAAAUAUGAUGUCUUAGAUAUAUUCUGAAUCUAAUUUUUAAUAUUAUUUUAAUGCUUUUUUUUUUUUUUUUUACUUAAGUGACAAUUUAAAGAUUUUUAAAUGCAUGCAUUCUCCUUUUUAGUGUCUCCAGUGUCAGAGUUUGCAAAACUGUUUUAAAAUUUACUUUUUUUGUACUUUUCUUCCCAGAAAAUUGUUUUUUGCUGUACAUCUGCAGAAUAGUGCAACAUGGACAGUUUUUACAAUCACUGUUGCAAUAAUAACUAUAUCUAGAUUCUAUAUAUUAACUAUGAUUGAGACCAUUAAACAACAACUUACUGUUUGUAGUAGUGUACUGUUUUUUUCCUCCUGAACCUGCUCUUAGUUGAACCCCUUUUCUCGCAAAACAGACUCCGUUUUCAUAAACACAAUUUGCACA